AGCUGGGGUAAGGAGUUCAAGGCAGCGCCCACACCCGGGGGCUCUCGCAACUCGACCGCCUAUCCGCUCCCCCAUUCCCGCCCUCCCUCCCACUCAUUCACCCACCCACCCACCCAUAGCCGGGACUGCAGCCCAGGAGCCGGGGCCCCGCCGCGAUCCUGGACUUCCCCCUGCCGCAAGAGCCGGCAUCCACGUGUGCCCCGGAGCCAGCGUCUAAGCACACGCUCCGCUCCGGGCCUGGGUGCCUUCAGCAGACCCAGCAGCCGGAGAUCCGGGGCCCGGAAGGCAUCUGGGCCAAGUUAGGCGCGGCGGAAUCGAGCGCCGAGCGUCUGCAAAGCCGGUGGGGCCGCGGAGCGUCCGGGGCUGAGCCACAGCAAAUGGGCUCCGACGUGCGGGACCUGAACGCGCUGCUGCCGGCGGUACCCUCGUUGGGUGGUGGCGGCGGUUGCGCCCUGCCCGUGAGCGGCGCGGCGCAGUGGGCGCCGGUGCUGGACUUUGCGCCCCCGGGCGCCUCGGCUUACGGUUCCUUGGGCGGUCCUGCGCCGCCGCCUGCUCCGCCACCACCACCCCCGCCGCCGCCGCCUCACUCGUUCAUCAAACAGGAGCCGAGCUGGGGUGGCGCGGAGCCGCACGAGGAGCAGUGCUUGAGCGCCUUCACCGUCCACUUCUCGGGCCAGUUCACCGGCACGGCUGGAGCCUGUCGCUACGGACCCUUCGGUCCUCCUCCGCCCAGCCAGGCGUCGUCCGGCCAGGCCAGGAUGUUCCCCAACGCGCCCUACCUGCCCAGCUGCCUCGAGAGCCAGCCCGCUAUUCGCAACCAGGGAUACAGCACGGUCACCUUCGACGGGACGCCCAGCUACGGUCACACGCCCUCGCACCACGCGGCACAGUUCCCCAAUCACUCCUUCAAGCACGAGGACCCCAUGGGCCAGCAGGGCUCGCUGGGUGAACAGCAGUACUCCGUGCCGCCCCCAGUCUACGGCUGCCACACGCCCACCGACAGCUGCACAGGCAGCCAGGCCCUGCUGCUGAGGACGCCCUACAGCAGUGACAAUUUAUACCAAAUGACCUCCCAACUUGAAUGCAUGACCUGGAAUCAGAUGAACUUAGGAGCCACAUUAAAGGGAGUUGCUGCUGGGAGCUCCAGCUCAGUGAAAUGGACAGAAGGGCAGAGCAACCACGGCACGGGGUACGAUAGUGAUAACCACACCACUCCCAUCCUCUGUGGUGCCCAGUACAGGAUACACACCCACGGCGUCUUCAGGGGCAUUCAGGACGUGCGGCGAGUGCCCGGAGUAGCCCCGACUCUUGUUCGGUCGGCAUCUGAGACCAGUGAGAAACGCCCCUUCAUGUGUGCUUACCCGGGCUGCAAUAAGAGAUAUUUUAAGCUGUCUCACUUACAGAUGCACAGCCGGAAGCACACUGGUGAGAAGCCAUACCAGUGUGACUUCAAGGACUGUGAGCGAAGGUUUUCUCGUUCAGACCAGCUCAAAAGACACCAAAGGAGACACACAGGUGUGAAACCAUUCCAGUGUAAAACUUGUCAGCGAAAGUUCUCCCGGUCUGACCAUCUGAAGACCCACACCAGGACUCAUACAGGUAAAACAAGUGAAAAGCCCUUCAGCUGUCGGUGGCCCAGUUGUCAGAAAAAGUUUGCCCGGUCAGACGAAUUAGUCCGCCAUCACAACAUGCACCAGAGAAACAUGAGCAAACUCCAGCUGGCGCUUUGAGGCGUCCACGCCAGGCACCGUUCUGUGUCUCAGGCAGGACAGUGUGUGAACUACUUUCAAAGCUGACUUUAAAAUCCCUCCUCACUCGCCUCUCUAAGAAGGAAACGGAGGUUGAUCGUCUUCAUCCAGCUUCUGAGAAAGAUGCCUGUACUACUGGAUCCUACCAGGUUUGCCCAGAGGAGUUGGUCUCUACUUAGCCGACUUUUAGUUGACUCAUAAGGCUCUGGAGAAGUGGCUGUCAGCGUCCAGUUAGUUAAAAGCCCAUUGCCAUUUGGUCUGGAUUUUCCACUGUUAAGAAGAGCCAUUGUUGGUAAUGUUCCCCCCUGCCCCUUCUCCCUUUACGCUCAUUUUCACGAGGAAUGGAGUCAUUGUAACUUUUUCCAUCAUAGAAUAUUUAUAGGCCAGGGCAUGUGGAUGCGUCUGCUAAUGUAAACUUUGUCAUGGCUUCCAUUUACUAACAGCAACAGCAAGAAAUAAAUCAGAGGGCAAGGCACUGGCGGUGAGUCCCGUCCGACAUUCCGGAGCUUAGGCAGGCUGCUAACCUGGAAAGCAGGGUGUAGCGCCACCAGGCAACUUUUAAAACUCAAGCAUUUCAAGCAGCUGAAAAAAGAAUCAGAGCUAACCAGUACCUCUGCAGAGAUAUCUAAAAGAAUCUUUUAUCAUUCAGUUAAUUCAAUGUAACAUUAGCACAAUGCUCUUAAGAAACCGUUCUUGAGGAUCUGAGAUUUUGUUUUUGUGUUUCUUUUUGACUUUUUUGAGUUGUAAUCAUAUGCAUCUUCAGAGAUGUACAUAUCUCCUCACACAAAGGAAGUGGAAUUCAUUUUUAUCAUUUGGGGUGUCCUUAAGAGAGUAUACAGACCACACUGGUUAUGUGGCUUCAAGUUGUAAAAAAUUAAAAUGACUCUAAAAGAAAAUAAGGGCUGGUCCGGGAUCUCCACUGAUAAGACUAUUCUUUAGUAACUUAAGUAACUUUGGGUCUACAAGUAUAUGUGAAAAAAAAUGAGACUUACUAGUGUGAGGAAAUCCAUUGUUUAAAGGUGGUUGGGUGUAUGUGUGUGUUUGGUUUUCGCUUUUUAAGGGAGGGAGUUUAUUAUUUACUGUUGCUUGAAAUUAUUGUGUAAAUAUAUAUAUCUGAUAAUGAUUUGCUCUGUGACAACUAAAGUUAGGAAAUGUAUAAAUGUUAGAUGCAUCACUGUUUUGGUGUUGAUCUUCCAACAUAUAACACUAAGUAACACUAAAAAUGUAACCUGCAUUUUUCACUUCGCUCUCAAUUAAAGUCUAUUCAAAAGGAAA